CAAAUUCACACGUUUUCUUGGCGUUGUUUGUUAUCCGGUUUCGCAUUUUUAGAUGAAGUUCGCAUUUUAUUUCACAAAAUAUGAUGUAAAACCAAUCAUUAUGUUUGACCAAAGUGUUAUUACUAGUUUUCGCCUAGUUUUGAAGCAGUAACACAUCAAAAACAUGUAGCUAUAGAAGGAGGUGCUAAUAUGUUUUUUCCAACAACACCAUUACUAUUAUCCAUUUGACACAUCACUCUGCAAUAGAUGGAUCAUACCUAGCUAGCACCUACCACCAUGGCUACACUCUCAAAGGGGGUCCCGGUCGAGACUGACAUCAAUGAAAUAUUCAUAGAUCCUAAACCCAAACUCACCACUAUUGAUUUAGUAGGAGGCAUCCACUGUCAUAUUUGUAAUUUAACAAUCGGAAACAAAAAGGACUUUGAUAGUCAUUACAUUCAGCAUGGCACAGGGAACACCGAGAUCACAUACACAUGUGUUGUUUGUCUGAAAGAGAUAGUCGGCUACCCUAGCUUUCGUGGGCACUGUUAUUUAGUCCAUGUUACGAAAGAUAAAUUUAAAUGUGAACUUUGCCACAAGAUGUUUUCAAAGCAAAGUGCUCUUCAAAGUCACAUAAAAAAUAUGCAUGAAUUAAUCCAUAAAUGUAUGAUUUGUCAGAAAAAAUUUCAAAAUCAGAAAGAGCUUUUGCUCCAUAAAGUUUUCCAUAAAAACACUGAAAAUGGUCCUCCAUAUGAAUGCCAGACUUGUGCAGAUAGAUUAGAUACACCCGACGAUUGUGAAAACCACAUUGAAGAGCAUAGUUUCAUGUUUUAUUCAUGCCCAAUCUGUAACGAGGACAUCAAUGAUAUACAACAUGCUGCUAGUCACUUGAUGAAACACUUUGGCAAUGUACUUACUAAUGCAAAACCAGGUGAAGAUACAACAAAAGACACCAUAGAAGAAAGAUCAAAUGACAGUUCAAUUGACCUCUUAGGUGGUAUCCUCUGUAGUUACUGCGAUAACACUUAUAAAGACAGACCCGAUUUCGAUAACCACAUUAGGGUAGAACACCCUUCCAAAGAAAUUAUUUACGCUUGCAACAUCUGUGGGAAAGAAUAUGAGAAGUAUUUCAACUUUGCUAAUCAUUGCUACGAUCAUACAACCAAAGACAGAUUUGAAUGUGAAGAGUGUUCGAAAACAUUCCCUCGUUUAUCGUUGCUGGUCAUUCACAUGGAAGCCUAUCAUUCUGACACUAAGCCUUUGGGAGAAGACACGCGCCCUUUUACUUGUUUGCAGUGUAACCAUGGUUUCAUGACAGAUUACCGUCUCAAGGAACAUUAUCGGACCAAGCAUAAGAUAUAUAAUAACCAGUGUCCAGAACGGGGAUGUGGAAAGACUUUUGACGCACCACGAGAUCUAAUCCUUCAUUUGCGUGAACACAAUUCUGUCCAAAAUUGGUGUAAGCAAUGCGGCCUCCGGUUUUAUAGUUUACAAGCGUGUGAGAAACACCUCCAAUACCACAAGAAAAAACUUUACUCAUGUCCCGUUUGCAGCAAAAAUUACGGCGAAAAGUAUUUAGUGAUCAAACAUUUGCAGCAGCACUUCUCGGCUGUUCUUCACGUUUGCAAAGUCUGUGGAAAAGUAUACAAUUGGCGGAAUCGUCUGGUGCAGCACAUGAAAGUGCACAAUGAAGUGAAGCCUCACGUUUGCUCAUUUUGUGGCAAAGGAUUCACAAAGACAUACUUGUUGCAGCAACACCUGAAUAUCCACACCGGUCAGAAACCCUUCAAAUGUACAAACUGUCCGAAAACCUUUGCCAGCCACCCAAAUUUAAGGAAGCAUCAACGUAACAUUCAUAAUGUUGCCAUAAUAAAUAGAAAACGAGUUUUAAAUGAAAAUAAUAAUCAUAAUGAUUCGAAUAAAGCUAUCGAAGAAACAUUGAUGGACGAUAGUAUGUUGGAUGGUGAAUCUGCACUGGUGGAAGAGGAUAAUAACGAAAUCCACGCAAAUACAGAUUUAAACGAACCAGUUAUUGAUACAUCUGUCGAUAUGAGCAAUACAGAAAAUAGUUUUGAAGAUUCACAAAUAUCAAUUAACCAAUGGAUAUCAAAUAGCAUAGAUCCUGUAGUUCUGGAAAUGUUGGAGGAGAACAUACUGAACCAGCAAGGGGUGGAUGUCGAAGUCACCAAUAUUUAUGACUUCCAGAAGGAACUCUGGGUGUCCAGUUCAUCCAUUCAACCAGGUACAGAUUCCUGCGAGGCGCUCGUGACCCGAGAGUAUGGUCCCGAAUUCGUAUUUGGCGCAGAAGCCGCGAGCGUAGGCGCCGGUUACAUUCCCCUAGGCGAUCCGCCGCUACCCCACAUCGACCCGCGUCUGACAUUACUCCACCCCGUCCCCCCCACCAUCACCCCGACCCCUUACCCCUGUUCACCCCCAUAUACCAGCCCCGACUCAGCCCCGGUUCUAACGAAGCUCCAGAGCCCGUACGAUUUCGACACCGCGCGAUUCACGGUGAAUACGGAUAUAUUUUAAACCCUCCCACUGUCGAUGUAUCAGCGAUCAAAGUACCUCCCCUAGAGACCGCAUAUUAGGGCGUCUGCUCGUGCCAAGCUUAUAUGAAAUCAAGUUCAACAUCAUUUGUUUUGACUUGGCUGUUACAAGCUCUCGUCAACGUCAAAGCGCUAUGCCAUCGGUUCGUUAAUAAACGACUUUUUACUGGAGACAAAGGGUAUUUAUUUUAGUUACACUGUCUAAAAGUGUGACGCGCCCGCAAACGUCGCGAUACAAAUUUUCACCUAAAUUUGUCGUCCGUGAUUAAUUGUCCGUCACACUGACGUGGCCAAUCAAAAUGCGGCUUAACCUCCCCACACGCGACCAACUUUGGCGAUUUCGAUUUUGAACCAAAAUUGAGAAAAGCGGUCUCUAAUAGGGGUGCUUUGUGAACGUACGCAACCACGAGUUACGAGUCACGUUCGUAGACAUAGAGAAUUCCUUGUCCUACUGUCAUAAAAAUUGAGCAGAUAAAUGUGGGAGAGAGGAAGCGAUCAUGCGGUCAAUAGUUCAUAUUCGAUAUGGUUCUUUGUAAAUGUUGCUACUUCUGUUAAAUGCUGAUAAGUUUCUUGCUCCCAUUCUUCUCAUCAGCUGAAAGAUGUCCCGAAUGGGUGGUAGGGAAAAAUAUUGGGCGAUUCAAAGCUUUCAAUAAGUCAAUUUGAGUAAAGUAUAAUUUUAGUUCAUUUGCAACUUUAAUUGUUUAAUAUUUAUAAAUAUAUUAAUGUAUAUGAGCUACACCGUCGCAUUCACUCUUUCUAGUGAGUUGCUGAUUUCAUGCGAGUUAAACUUAGUACAUUCUCUAUGUUUAUGGUCAUGCCGUCUGUGCCGAUUCAUUUACUUUUAAUGUACCCUGUGUUGCCACUUAAAAAAUAUUUAAAAUCGUCCCAAUCAGAUGCGAUUAACGCGAGCUAUUACUCGUAGAAACUUCAACCCGAUUGAAAUCACUUAUCGCGAAUAAGUAUUUUUAUUGGGCAUUUGAAUAUUUUUUUAUUAAGCUAAUAGAGACGUCAAUAAAAUAAGUUGGUUUAAAAAUUAUGUUGUCACUUUGUUCGCGAUAGCAACAAAGAAAGUCAACAAAUCAUCUCCACUAGCGUUUAAGUUGUUAAGUUUUAAGUAUGUAGUGCGAUAAGGCUUUUAUAAUUUGAGUGACAGUUCAGGAAGGCGCUGCUGUCUACAUAAAUGAUAUACAUCAUAUGACGUUUACAAUCUUUGCUGCGUCAGUUCCAAUUUUCAGAUCCUUUUCGCACUGUGUAAGUGCCCUAGUGUGAGUUUUAAUUACGAUCGUGUUUACGUCAUUUUCGUAUUACAGAAAGUUGAUACAUUUAUGUUGUUCGACAGACGAUGCUCGUAAACGCCAUUCGAUUCGAUUAUAAGUUUAUGUAAACGCGAUCGUGAUAUCCAAAAAUCGGUUUCGUUUCAUGAUCUGCGUCUUUGUCAAUUCCCAAAUGAGUGGAAUCGGCAAAAGAUAGAAAUGGAAUUUGAAAAUGUUACCGACUGCUCUAUGUAUGAAUAAGGCUUCGGCGAGUGACUCGCGGUUGCGGUUCCACUGUACCAAUUGUUGUUUAGAGUUAAAUAGUCGUAAUAGUAUUGUAUCCGCGGCCAUUGGCGACGGAUAAUCCCCGGGAGGACAUGGUCGAUACGAUGCCUCAUCAUAUUGCCCCCCGCUUCAGACGGAAAUAGCGGGAGUAUGAUGUGGCGCCAUCUGUCGACCUUUCACCGCCGGUCCAUAAGUCUACCUCACGCCGAAACGAGUAUAUACCUCAGUAAUAUGUCCAUAGGAGCUAUUUUAGUAGUUUAAACUGUUGAUUAUAAACAUAACGUGUAUCCCACCAAACAUUAGAUGAGUAAUCUUUAAACAUAUUACAUAAUAAUGCUACCUCAGUUUAGUUUUUUAAGUUUAAGUUUAGUUUAGCUGUAGCGUUUACGAUUUGUCGUUGCGCUUUUCUCGUUAUCUAAGUAUGCAGGAAAUAAAGGCGUGCCAUUUCUUGUUUCGCCCCGAGCGGCAGAUCAUUCGUAUGCCGCCUCGCUCGCUUAGAGCGAACACUCAGAUUUCGUAAGUCGAAAUCGAAUAAAAUAUGCGAGAAUUCGCUCGGAAAUUGUGACUUUUAAAUUUUGUCAGUUUAUUAUUUGUGUUCUGAUUUUUUAAACUACAGUUUUUUUUGUAACACAAAGUUUGUCUGCUUCCCGAAAAUUGGGUCACGGCAAACGACAGCUUUGUUAAUACGUAUAUUCGGGACUUUUGCUGCACUUGGUAAUAUGCAUUUCAAUUUCUCUUACGUUGAGCCAGUGUUGGACGGCUUUAAAUGUUUGUAAUCACCUCUUGACUCGCUUGAGUUAAGCUAGGUAUAGUUUAUUGUAUUCAAUCCAUACACUUGAGGCCACAAUUGAUAUAGAUACAGUUCUUUUUUUACAUAACCAUAAGAAAGCAUACAAGUAAAUGAGGGCAUAAACCAUUCAGGUUAAUUGAUUAACUUUAUAGGGAAUUGAAGGCAAAGGUUAACAAAGGCUAAGUUCUUCCACAAAAGUAAUGGCCGCCCUCCCUAAUCUCCACUUGAGUUUCUUGAUCAUGACUGUCGCUGGUUAAUCCAUUCAUAUCUCGCCAUGAUACUGUCCCUUGGACUUGGUAAUUCGAUUUUAGAUGACAAUUACCUACCUUCAACUUUCUAUAGAAUGCCGUUAAGGCUGGAACUGUGAGCCUAAGUUUGCUUCAAUAAUAUAGAAAAGUAUAUCAUAAACGCGAUCCAGCCACGGAAAAUUGGUGACAAUAUCUUAAAAUUGUGAACACGUUUAUUUCAAAGCGAUAAGAGUUAUAUUUUACAUCUGGAAUAGCCACAGUUGUUGCCUCUACUGUACAAUCAAAUUUACACCAUGUGAUUUAGAUUCUUAUUUUCUAAAAAAAAUGUUGAUAAUGAACUUUCAUAAUGUAUACUUAUUUUUCUUUAUACUGUACGUUACUUGCUGCAGUCAAAUAUUUAAAUUGUCAUAAACCUCGUCCGACACUGGUGUUGUCUUGCAUUUUUCAAUUUCGAUUCCUUUUGUUGUUAUUAUAAUGAAAGUCGCGAGGCCAAGCUCCGCGACUUUAGUGUAAGUGAAUCGAUAGUGCUGUGAUAUUUUUAUGUACAUCUAGUGUUAAGAUUAGUGAGCGUAAUGUAAUAAGUGAGUACAAAACAUAAUGUUAUUUAUGAUGAACGAGAUUCGGGUCACACAACGAUACAAGCGUCGUUCCGAUUCUGGUGCGAUCGAUCGCGGUAAUAUGUACGGUCAGCAGGCAAUGGAAAUUGUUCAAAAUAAAUCUAAAGAUCAACGGCCCCAUUCCUAUAACCUAUCCUCUAUAGGAAAGAUUACUAGAGCUUAAUUGCCUUGAAAUUUGUUGAUUAUUGAAACAGAAUAGAUCUAGUUUGUUAACUGAUCUUAAAGAUCCACUAAACUGUGGUAAGAUUAUCUUUAUGUUGGGUAGGAUGUUGCGAUCGGUUCGUAAUUAACAACGGUCUGUUAGUCCUCGGCGAUUUGGAUUUAGAAUAAGAGAGAUGAAAGUUAGUCCGUUUCGUUGCUGACCGUACUCUGACGGUCGUACCUGUGGCCGCACAUCACCGCAAACAGUAUAUGGACACGACAACACACACCGCAUAUGGAAUUUCAGGUGAAAUACUUAACGUAGUCGAAUGAGCCCCUUAAUUUGACGGGCUGUCUUUUUAUCUGGUAAUCGGGUGCAUAACUAAUGCUUGAAUGCAGCUAUCGGGCAGCUAAGUACGUACGGACACAACGUGAAAAAUGCACUGUAGAAAAGUGUCAAACUUUUUAGUUCUAGAUGAACUCGUCGACUUUGAUGAUUUUUCAGUGCAAAUUAUUGUAUUUAACGAAAAACAAAUUUUGUUUUUAUUGUAUUUCCUACGUUGAUGUCUGUAGAAAACCUUCAUAAUACGCGAACGGUUGUCCAUUUCACAAAAGUGGUAGUCAAAGUAAGCCGCACAGUUACAGCUCAGAACAUUCCAUAUGCGUUGCAAACAAACAAAUUAGGUGUAUUCUCACCAAAUUAUAUACGAAGACAAUUUACUUAAUCGAAGAGAGUUAAGAUUUGAUUCUUAAAGAUGUUGAUGUAUAUGUAAGAGAGAAAGAAAAUAUAUGAAUUAACUCCGAAAUAUAUUUUGGAGAGAGAUAUUUACAAGUUUGAGGCGGGGUCUUAGUGAUAAACGUAUCCAAAGACUGUUAGGUAUUAUAGGGUUCUUUGAACUCGAAUUUGACUUAUAAGUCGGGGAUAUAAUGCGGAAAAAAAGUCAGAUACGCGUAAGCAGAAGAAAAACAUAUAAUAGAUCACGGUGUAGCUAUCGACAAUCAUAGGCUUUGACAAUCGAAUUGGAUAAAAAACAAAUUGUGAAGAGUGCAAAAUUGGCGCAUCGUUCACCUCUCAGGUCAGUAGACAGGUGCAGGUAGUUUACGACACAGUUGGAUUACGCUGGAGAGAGAAACUCUACUCUAUGCUUCUUGAAAUUAAUGUUGAAAAUUGUACAACGCCCUGUACGCAGGGCGCGCAGCAACCACGCUAGAUUGGUUCCCACUCAGUGUUACUGUGCAGUGGCGUCACAGGGCCCGCUGAACAUUACUGCACAUUAAUUCGAUGGCUGUCGGCACAUAGCUUGUGACAGUAAUUAAAAUAGCUUAAUUAAUCAUUCAUUAUGUUGUAAGCCUCAGCAGAGGCUUUCAUUUAUCAAUAAAUAGUACUUAUUCAAGCUUCUAUAAUCAUGAUAAAUCAAAUUAUACCAUUUCGAUGUAAAUUUCGUUGCAAAGGGGACAAUUGGCACGAUAUUUUCGUAAUUUUUUUCAUGCUGCUCGUAUGCAAUUAUAAUGGCCUAAUGAUGUGAGAUUGUCUUUGUGGUUGAUGCGUCUAUGUUAAACAGGUUCUGCGGAAAACUGAACUGUUUCAUAAAUAGAGAGUGGGUAUUUUGAAACAUGAGUUUAUAAUUGUUAUUGAAUCUGAAGCGAUUUGAUUAAAUAGAAUUUAAAAAAUACCCGAAUCUCACUUACAGACAACAUUGAUUUGUCAAGAUUUGACCAUUCUAACCAUUACUGGACGGAGUUUAAUACAUGUUGUUAUAAGACAUACAGUUAUCUUAACAAUAUAUUCUUCUGUUUUGGUAAUCAUAUGAUCCUCCACGGAGUCGUGCUGGAGCAGCUGCGAUAAUGUUGUGGUUGUACCCUUUGCAACCGUAUUUGUCCCUAGCUUUUAGGUGUUAGGUUAGAAUCGAGCACAGGGUAUUGUGGUUCUAUUUUAACGGAGGCGUUUAAAUCGAGUUCGUAAGUGACAGGACACACUUCAUCCGACACACAGGUGGUUGCAUAAUACUACCCCAAUACCCGACACUUUGUAACAUAGUAAACCAUCUAAAUCUGUUUAAAAUUUAAGCGUUUGGACCGGGUUUUUUUUCAUGAUGUUCUUAGUUGUAUCUUUCGAGUACGUUUCAAAUAAAUUAUAUAUCUAAUAAUAACCACCAAGAUUAAAUGUUGUAAAAUUUAUCUCGCGAUAUGAUCUAUUUUCAUGGCGCAUGAAGAGUUUACAAAAGAUUUUAUGAUUCAUAUUUGAAAAUUGACUUUAGUGUAACAUUUUAUCAAAUUCUUUUAGGAAUAGGAAAUUAUUAGUUUCACAAGCACUUCCAAGCGAAACUAUUCUUGUUAUUAAUAUAUAAGAAAAAAUAAAAAAAAAAAUGUAAACCCGGUCGAUUUAUGUGUAGUUGUCUAAAUUUUAUUUCGAUACAAUAAAUUUCAUAAUUUAGCGCUUUUAAAUGCAUAAUAUACAGAUAAUUUACGGAUGUUCUGAUUUUGUUUUUUAUUUCAUUUUAUGAUAUGGAAAAAGUAAUAUGUAAAUAGAUUUUUCUUGAAUUAUCCUUACCAUCUCUUAAGGAAUGCGAAACUUGUGCUACUGUGUCUAAGGUGACGUUUGUUUGUUUUUGCUUUUUUCUAAUCUUUACUUCGUAAGUAAAUAAGCACUAAAAAGCAGCGGUGGUCUAAAUAUAUAAAGGAACAUAAUAUACAUAACGUCAUCUCCCCCUAUCCCUACUAUAUAGAAAUUAAAUAUAAAAUACAUAGUUAAUUGGUGUGUAUUCUAUAAAUUAUGCAGAUCAAACUGUUGGGCUCAAAUGUGACAUGCCAACUUGUGUUAGUAUUAGGAUAUAUUUUUUUUCGAUGGAAAGGAUAAUUUGCCAGCUUUUGCUUCGAUGUUUGACAUGAGAUGUUGUAUACUUUUAGGGAAAUGUAUUUUCGCUAUGUAAUGGUAAGAAAUCACUUGUAUUCAACUACCAAUAUAGUUUUAUCUCUUUUAAAUCGCCACUUAUACCUAAUCAGGAAAAUAUAAAGCCCUGUAGCGGGCUAAUCGUAACUUGUUACAGAUCAGUCUUACAAGAAUGAAGACUAAGAUAAUAUUUGAUAUUGCCGUAGUACAUGUCAGUACUGUUCUUGGGAGACUGGUUGUUGAUACUGUGAUCCGUAAAGUUGAUAGUGUUUUAUAUUUUUGUGAAUAGGCGCUAUAUGAAUACCGAUCUACCUCCAUAUGACUCCAUGGUUAACAAUAAAAUAGAUUUUGUUAUAAAAUAUGUAAACUUUACACACAUUUAUAAACUAUAUUUUGUAUGUUAUAAAAAAGCAGAUAUUUGUAAGGGAUGUAGGUUUUUACACAUAAGAUACUUAUUUCGAUUAAAAUUAUUAUAUGUGCAUGUUACGUUCCGUUUCAAUGUAGAACGCCACUCAAAUCUGAAAUUGAAUCGUGUAAACAUUACGAUUAUAUUAUACUAUGUGAAUGUACAUUAUUGUUUUAUUAUCACCUACCUCUCUCACUACGGAAAUGCCCUAUAUUCGCAUAAUGUCAGUGAUACGCAGUGCCGUCUUUGACCUAUU